AUGGCUGCUUCAUCCUUAUCCAAUCGCUCCUGUUUCUCCGGGAUUUCCUCCUCCUCCAUGAUUGUCCCAUCUCCUCUCCCUCGUGCCACGUCACCACUGAGCAGCACGAGGUGCACUGAUCAGCUUCCCGGUUUUCCGGAAGCGACCGCCGACUGUCGCAUUAGCAAAGGCUCUCUUAUAGGCACCCAAUUUGGACAACGUCCCUCCCUGUCUUUCAUUCUUCCGGUCCGCUCGUUACAGUCACGUUACGAACACUCACAGGCUCGGCGUCUCCCACCUGCGGGUGCUUACAGCGAUGGCAACCAACCAGGGUACCCCUAUUCCUUCACUCGCGUUCCUAACGAAGCGUCCUUUAGCGCGGACGGCUCGUGGCCGGAUAAUUUCAGAGUUUGGGAGAACGGCGGCGGAUUGGUCCACGUGGAGGCGGUGGUUGACAGCUCAGCAGUGAUCGAACCGUCCGCUGUGGUCCAUGCGGAGGCUCGGAUUGACGCGAAAACAAGGAUCGGAUCAGGGUCGGUGGUGGGGCCGUACGUGAAAAUAGGCGCGGAGACUACCGUGUGGUACAACGUGUCGCUCACGAAUUGCACGAUUGGGGAUCGCUGCGUCUUCCACAAUGGCGUGCAGAUUGGCCAGGAUGGGUUUGGUUUCUUCGUGGACGAAUCUGGCAGCAUGGUCAAGAAGCCACAAACGCUGGGGGUGCAGAUAGGCAGUGAUGUGGAGAUGGGCGCUAACACAUGCGUGGACAGGGGCAGCUGGAGAGACACACAGAUUGGUGAUUACGUGAAGAUCGAUAACCUUGUGCAGAUUGGGCACAAUGUGGUCAUCGGUCGCUGCUGCAUCAUCUGUGGUCAAACUGGCAUUGGCGGCUCCUCCACUCUGGGCGACUAUGUGGUGCUGGCAGGGCAAGUGGGCGUGGCCGAUCAUGUCACCAUAGCAGAUAAGGUGCGCGUGGCAGCCAAGUCAGGAGUGGCAUCGGAUAUCAAGGAGCCAGGGGACUAUGCCGGCUUCCCAACGUCCCCUUCACACCAACCUCCCUCCCUGACUCACCACUCCCCGCACACCACCCAACCCAACUGCACCGUCUCGCUGCCUCUAGGCAACUCAAAACGCACAUUGCAUCACGCCCUCUAUUGCACGUCCUACUCCCCCUUUGGCUCCGCCGUUUCUUCCCCUACCCUCAUCCAUCCCCCUGACUUGCGCUUCUCCCGCGCUCUGCGCUCCCCCUUCCCCAAUCACUCCGCGCGACCGCAAAGCAGGGACUCCGCGCGGUCGACGCGCGGGGGGCAGCUGUCCGCGGGCGACCUGCUGGGCGGAGAGGAGCGCGUGGGCGCGCGGGAGCAGCGCGACGCUGCGUGGAGUGCGUGCGCGCUGACCGGGGAGGCGCUGAGAGAGCCAAUCGUGGUGUGCCAGCUCGGACGACUCUACAACCGGGAGAGCGUGCUACAGCUGCUGCUGUGGCGAGCGGGGGUUGUUGCAGAGGAGAGCCACAAGUGGCGCUUCACGAGGCUGCAGGACCAACUGCACCGCUUUGCACACAUCCGAUCCACCAAGGACAUUGUCACGGUUCGCUUCCCCUCAGUCGACCAUCCAGCCCACAGCAGCCGGGGUAACAGCGGCCGGAGGGACAAUGGCGGGGGUAACAGUGGCGAGGGUGAGAAUGGGACCAAUGAUGAUAGCAGCAAGUGUGGUGGCGAUACCAACCCUGCUGGUACUGCUGCUGGUCCUGUUGGUUCUGCUGCUGCUGCUGCUGCUGACGCAUUGAAUGCAUCUGCUGCUGCCCCUAGCUGUAGCAGAGGCGGUGGCAGCAGCGCAGCCAGAGGCAGCAGUGCGGGCAGCAGCAGCAGCAGCAGAAGCGGCGGCGGCAGCAGGGACGCGUCGCACUGGGUUUGCACGCUUUCAGGCGUGUCAGCCAGCAAUGGCCAGCCCUUCUCUCUCCUCCGCCCCUGCGGACAUGCCUUCAGCACACGAGCCCUGGCUCAGUUGAAGGAGAGGCAGUGCCCUGUGUGUGGGACGGAUUAUAAUGGAAGUUCUCAUGUCACUCCCAUCAACCCCACAGCUGACCAGGUGGAGCACUUACAGCAACAACUGCAAGUGAAAGGUCGUGGCAAGAGAAAGGGUGUGCCAGCAUCUGAUCACAGUCCCGGGUGUCAUGCCGAAUUUCCAUCG